AUGGACACGGCCUCGCCAGCCCCCGAAAACGCCGCCCUGCCGCGCUUUGGUGGCUACACGCGCUUCGAGCUCGAACUCGAGUUUGUGCAAUGCCUCGCCAAUCCCGCCUAUCUCAAUUACCUCGCUACGCAGAAGAUGUUUGACAAGCCCGAUUUCGUCGCCUACCUCAGCUACCUCCAGUACUUCAAGGAGGCCACAUAUGCAAAAUGCCUCCACCACCCUGGUCCAACGCUCCAAGCGCUAGAGCUUCUUCAGCAGGAGAGAUUUCGGCGCGAGAUACUUGCUCCUGGCCUGGUGAAUAAACUGGUCCUCGAAGGCCAGAGAAAUGCAGUACCGAGCCAGAAGGACUGAGCCCCGUCCUGUUGGCCUUGACUUCCACGAUUGCCAUCACUAUCGUAUCAGAACUAC